UAUGACAUGGCUGUCGUUAAUAGUAGCCCUCGUCACACUGGUCACACCUACCUUAUCGAGUUCUCCGCGCGUCGUGUGCUAUUACACGAACUGGUCGGUGUACCGGCCGGGCACAGCGAAGUUCAACCCACAGAAUAUAAACCCCUACCUCUGCACCCAUCUCGUGUACGCCUUCGGAGGUUUCACUAAGGACAACACGCUCAAGCCCUUCGAUAAAUAUCAGGAUAUAGAAAAAGGUGGUUACGCAAAGUUCAACGGGCUGAAAACGUACAACAAGAAUCUUAAGACAAUCUUGGCUAUCGGAGGCUGGAAUGAAGGCUCUACGCGUUUCUCGCCGAUGGUUGCUGCCAAGGACAGAAGGAGAGAGUUCGUCAGGAAUGUUAUUAAGUUCCUCAGACAAAACCACUUCGACGGACUGGACCUGGACUGGGAGUACCCAGCAUCCCGUGAUGGAGGAAAGGCUAAAGACAGGGAGAAUUACGCCAAGCUCGUGAAGGAGUUGCGAGAGGAGUUCGAGAAAGAGUCCGACAAGACUGGGAAAUCUCGUCUCCUGCUGACCAUGGCUGUACCCGCUGGAAUCGAGUACAUUGAAAAGGGAUUCGACAUAAAGACUUUGAGCAGAUACCUCGACUGGAUGAACCUGCUGACCUACGACUACCACUCUGCCUUCGAGCCAGCGGUCAACCACCACGCGCCACUCUACCCCAUCGAGGAGCCCAACGAGUACAGUGUGGACAACGAGCUCAAUAUUGACUACACCAUAAAGUUCUACCUUGAAAAUGGUGCUGACCCUGACAAGCUGGUACUCGGAAUCCCCACUUACGGGCGGUCCUACACGCUGUUCAACGCCGACGCUGUAGAGAUAGGCUCACCUGCCGACGGACCCGGGGAACAAGGAGACGCUACGAGAGAAAAAGGAUAUCUGGCGUAUUACGAGAUUUGCGAAGCCCUUAAGCCAAAGAACAGAAAACGCGCGAUAGCAUCUGACGAAUACUCCGAAGAAACUGAAGAAUCCGAGGAAGAAGAAGAAGAAGAACAAGAGGAUUGGACUAUAAUGUAUCCGAACCGCAACGCCAUGGGCCCCGUGGCGUACAGAGGGAAUCAAUGGGUUGGAUAUGAUGAUAUCGAAAUCGUGAGGAAGAAGGCCGAGUAUGUUGCUCAAAAUGGACUUGGAGGUAUAAUGUUCUGGUCGAUCGACAACGACGAUUUCCGUGGUACAUGCCACGGCAAGCCAUAUCCGCUCAUCGAAGCUGCCAAGGAAGCUUAUAUCACGAAGCUUGGAUCGACUGAUAGGACCUCAAUAAAGGAAACACCGAAGGUAUCCACAAAAACCUCUAAUCGCAGGAGGAACCGUCCGAAAAGCAGCUCCAGCACUUCAACCACGUCAACUACUACUACCACGAAAAAACCAAAAAUUAAAAGUAACAAGCGAAAGAGUGGCACUACUGCGGUCAGCACGACUCCAUCUUGGAACGUUAUCACUCCCGAACCACCUACAACUCCAGACCCCGGAUCAGAUUUCAAAUGCAAGGACGAAGGCUUCUUCCCGCACCCUCGCGACUGUAAGAAGUAUUUCUGGUGUCUCGACUCCGGGCCCUCCGACCUAGGCAUUGUCGCGCAUCACUUUACUUGUCCUUCAGGGCUAUAUUUCAACAAAGCGGCUGACUCUUGCGACUUCGCUCGCAACGUCCUCUGCAAGACCAAACCAGCGGCAACAACAAAAGCGCCGGCCAAAGCCACAACAGCCAAAACAACAGUCUCGACAACUCAGACCACUACCACAACAACUACAAGACGACCAAUCAGACUCACCUCCAGAAGUUCUUUGCUGUUCCGUACUUCCACGACAACAAGUACAACAACUCCGGCUCCUGAACCUGAAUCAGUGGAAGAAGAGGAAGACGCAUCGGAUAUAGAAGCAGAGGAUCCAAAAGUGAUCAAGGAGUUGAUUGACCUUAUAAAGAAAGUUGGUGGUGUGGAACAAUUAGAGAAGCAUCUCAAGUUUUCUGAGACUGCAGCUGGAACGACUGAUGGCGUGGCCACCACCACGCCCUCGGCCUUCAACAAGAAACUGUACCAACGGGUACUUGAGAGAGCGAGAGGAAAGAAUAAGUUCGGCGGUAAUAGUAUCUCGGAAGGCGGUGUUCAAAACAGUCGACGUGGCCCGCAAAACGCUGGUAUUGAACCUGCACCUGAUAAGGACCGACUGCUCAAAAAAGAAAGACCACAGUACACAACAAUAAACCGGUCGAGAUCAUCAACAUCAACCACGGAAGAGCCGACGGAGAGUGAAGAAGCCGAAGAAGAAUCAGAGGAAGUCCAGCAAAUAACGAGAUUGAGGGAGCAAUCUGAAGUUUCUAUUGGUUCUACGGCUAAGCCUCUUCAAUAUGUCAAUAUUAGACGGACAAGGCCAAGUACAGCGGCUACGACUGAAACCCCGGAUGAUUCUAGGAAUGCACUUUUCGAACGUGUUCAGCCAUACGUUGCUGUCGAGGAAUCUCCUAAUUCAUUAGACAUUGCAAGUGCUAGACGAGAAAAUGUUCCUGAAUAUGUUACUAUCAGAAGAUCACGACCUACCACAGCCGAAACAACCACUGUCCAGUAUCAAGUCUCGGAACAAGGAGAGGAAUCACAAGAGACGGCUUUAGAAAGAGAAAUAACUUCACAGUCUGCGCAACCUCUUUACACUUCUGUUCUCAGAACUCGGUCUACUACCCUUUCACCUCCCGAAGAACCAAACACCCCCGAGCCUACAACGAUACUUUCAGUCCAAAUAUCUUCCCUGUUAAAUCCCUCCAAUACCGAUGAAAUCGAACGGCUUCAACUUGAACAAACACAAACAACGAUUACACAAACCACUGAAUUACCCGAGUCCGAGACAACAACUACUUCCACCACGACAGUUACUACGCCCGCCCCUACAACUGCAAGCACAAUCUCAAGCACAACUCCAACUCCUUCUAGUACAGCUACAAGACGAACUCUCUUGCGCCGCCGAGGAUCAACUACGCCUAGUACCACAACAGAUGCACCAGUUUCCACGACCCAGGCUGCGAAGGAGCGGCGUCCGUUCCUGCGUCGCACCAAAGCCACCGCGCCACCCGACACCACCGAUGCCGACGUCACCACUACCACCGUGGAAACCACCACAAACAGGUUCACAAGGCGAGGGAACAACAGGUUCAAGAUACAAAAAACGGAAAAAGAGAAACCGCGGGAAAACGAUGCAGAAAAGCCAUCGUCGAAUGGUGUCCCGGUUAAGAGUGAUAGACCCCGCAACUUCAUACGCCGGCGGCUUGGUGGGGCGAACGCGACCACAACGUCCACAGUGAAGCCCCCAGUGCUGACCCCCCUGCGCCGGGGACCGUUCCGAGUGGCAGCUCGCCGACGACCUUUCUUCAGCACCACCAGCACGACAACGAGUACCCCCAGGACGACCGCAGCGCUGCUGGAAAGCGAGGAAUCGCUGCAGGAUAUCGGUGAUAUAGACGCAAUAGAAGAUCCAUCACUGCAACCCAGCACUACGCAACAGCCAACAACCAACGUCCAACGUCGUCGUCCGUUGGUCCAACUGAAAAGUGAGGACCAAAACCCAGCCGCUACAAAUGAGGAGGAGAAAACGAGACAAAGCAAGAAAUACAGCUCCAGCUUUAAGCAGAACCAGCUGGAAGAGAUCCUAAGGAUACGGUCGAGUGCUGAAGAGAUUGAUGUCACAACGGAAGGGAAGAGCACUUUAGAAGAUAUCAGCGCCGAAACUGCGGUAGCGUUGGCUGCACACCAACUCUUAGGAGCGCCGGUACCAAUCAUACCAGACUACGACGACGAACCUCUAUCUACAAGACGACCUUCCCAAACGAUAGUCGACUACAAAUUCACAAGUCCAGAGUACACCGAAGACUACACUAAAACCCAAUCAUACCCUGAAGAGUACACUCGUACACAAUCUUAUACAACAAAGAACAACGCUGAAACAGGCGUCUAUGCCUCACUCCAAACGGAAGACGUACCCUCCUCCACUCGAUCCUCACUAGAUACAGAUACAAGACUUCCAGCUGUCACCACAACAGGAGCUUACACAAACAGAUUCUCAAGACCUCCAGUCGACGCUACAAAUACCAUAAACCCGACUUUAUCUGGCAUAACUUUAAACUUUGGAUCUGAAGGCUCAGGGGAAUCUACAGCACGAUACACAAACUUCCCAACGGAAUCAAACCCUCCAUCUUACACCACAAGUAGUUACGAAUCAAGAGCUACAAGACCUGGAUUUUCUACUGUGAAUCCUACUACAGCUUCAUUAAGCUUUAGAGAAUCAACACCCAAAUAUACAAAUACUGAAAGGGUCGUCCAAAAUCCUACAACAGUGGGAACUUCUUCGAAUAUCAGAGAAUCGACACCUAGAUAUACUAAUACUGAACGGGAUGUGUCUCCAACUUAUCCGACAGGUUUUACAAGCAAAGUGUCGCGACCGGCAGGAUUUUCCCCUAAUUUAAUAAACAUAGACGAAGAGAACAAAUCAACAGUGAGGUUCAGUGCAAAUGAGGGUGCAUCUACUGCUAGAUACGAUGCUUCUAGCGAGAAGAUUCCGGCACCAUUAGUCUUCGGGUACUCUACUGGUGGGCAGGGCUUGCAAGAGCCCUCGUAUUUCACCAGAGAAUACCUUCUGGAGUCGCCAGUGACUAAGUCUUAUGACGAUGAAUAUCAAUACCUAUCACCAAAAGUCACAUCACCACAACCUUCAAGCAGAAAACCAGUAAGAAGGAAGUUUGUCAACAGAAGAAUUUCCACAACACAGUCGCCCACCUCAGCCCUACCUCAAACUACGCUGAAACCAAGAAGAACUACAAGGAAACCUUUUGAAAAGAUACCAGUAAAAAAGACCCCGGUUCAGAAAGACAAUGUUCCUAAGGAAUCAGUGCAAACUGUUCAAAAGACACCGGGCACGGAGAGGAGGUUGAUACAAAAGGUUUAUAAAACUGUGGUUCAAAAAGUGACGGAGCCAAGUGGAGUGGUAAAACCCAUUUCGGAAUAUGAUUAUUAUGAUGAUGGACAGGAGAAAGUUGUGGAAAAUUUCGAGGAGGCGAAUAGAGUGAUUUUACAUGGAAAAGGCAACAUCGAAUGUCUGGACAUAGGUAAUUUCCCCCAUCCGACAUCUUGCAAGAAGUUUAUAUCUUGCGCGCGAAUGGAGAGCGGAUCCGUCGUGGGCUGGGAGUACAUCUGUCCGAAGGGUCUCUCCUUCGACCCCGUAGGAGGGAUCUGCAACUGGUCCGCGGGACUGGGAUGCAAUGAGAAAGACGCGUGAAGAGAGGAAGGGGAGACAUUGUGAUAACCUAAGAGUGUUGUGUAAAAAGUUGUUUGUAGAUCUGACUGCAUAGAGGAGCUGUUGAAUUGUAAUUUAUGCCAAAAUUGUGCUUCCACACAAAGUACCUACAACGUGUUGCACCUACAACAUGUAAUCUCCUUUUACUUGAGUUCGAUACAAUUUUUUGUUGUUGUGUUGUUGUAAACACGAUUCUUAAAUAUGUUUGCAACAAUUCUGUUCUAUAUGGGAAGCAAA